AUGGCCUUCGAUGAACUUCUACAAUAUGUAGGUGACAGAGGGAAGUUUCAGAUUAUGAAUAUUAUCCUUGUUCUACUUUUAACUAUCCUGUCUUCUCCUAAUGACUUUGUGGAGAACUUUUCAGGGGCUCUCCCUGCUCACCGUUGCUAUGUCCAAUUCCUUGACAACCCCAAAUUUGAAGCCAACAACACUGUAAACCUGACAGCUGAAUCCCUGCUGAGGAUCUCCAUCCCAAAGGGCCCAAACCAGAAACCGGUUCAAUGCCGUCGGUUCCGACAGAUCCAGUGGCCUUUAGAUCCCAAUGUGUCAGCCAUCCACAAUACUGAGCUGGAGACAGAGCCAUGCCUGGAUAGGUGGACAUAUGACCAAAGUGUUUUCACUUCUACCAUCAUUACUGAGUGGGAUUUAGUAUGCAAUUCUCAGUCACUCAAAUCCUUUGCACAGGCCAUCUACAUGGCAGGGUUUUUGGUGGGUACACCUAUAUGUGGCCUCCUUUCUGAUAGAUUUGGAUGGAAGCCGUUGUUGCUCUUUUGUUGCCUGGCUUGUGGAAUUUUGGGAACGUGUUGUGCUUUUGCUCCCAUGUUCUCUGUUUACUGUAUUUUGAGAUUUCUGAUGUCCGCCUUCUUGGGUUCAGUUCAAACCAACAUCCUUAUACUUGUGUUGGAAGAGACUUCAUGAAAAUGGCAACCCACAAUCAUAACAUCCUUUGGAUUUUCUUGGAGCGCUGGCCAGGCAUUACUUGGGGGAUUGGCUUAUAUUUUCCGAGACUGGCACGUACUCCAAUUGGUUAUUACCAUGCCCUACAUUGUUUUUUCUCUCUUACUCUGCUGGAUAUCAGAGUCAGUCCGCUGACUCAUUACAACUGGAAAAACAGAACAGGCAUUGAAAGAAUUGCAGAGAAUUGCCCAUAUCAAUGGAAAGAAAGAUGUUGCACAAAGUUUGACUACUGAGAUUUUGAGCUCCAAAGUGAAAGAAGAACUGAAUACAACCAAAAAGCAUUUCAGAAUAAAGGAGAUCAUUGUUAAUCCUACAUUGUGCAGGACGGUGUUUUGUGUAUCUUUUUUAGUUUUCAGCAACUUUCAGCUCUUUGGCCUCCUGCUAGAUGUUCAGAAUUUGGGGAAAGAUAUGUUCCUGAUGCAAUUUCUGCUAGGAGGAGUAGAUUUUCCCAGCAAAUUGCUUACAUUUUUUAUAUUAAGACAUGUCAAUUGUCAUCUUUCAAUAGCUUUUUUACUUUUUGUGUCUGGAAGCUCUAUUAUGGCCGACAUAUUUGAGUCCAAAGCUCAUUUGGCCAAUGGAAGCCAAAAUAAUGAGUUUGGAGGUCAGGUGGUAUAUGGUGGCCAAAGUAUUUCUCUCCACUUAUUUGAUUUGGUUGUGUCUAUAGAAACAGAUAAACUUCAGGGCAGCAGCUGUGGCUUGUCAACUCUACAGAGCAUUUAUCAAUUUGCUGGGAGAUUAGCAGCAGCAUUUUCCGCUUUAGUACUUAUAACUGGAAAAUAUUUUGUACAUCUUCCCAUGAUUCUCUACGGGACCUCCCCCAUAGUGGCCAUAAUACGUCCGUACUUUCUGCUGGAGACUUUUCAUUUUCCACUUCCUGACACCAUCAAGGACAUAGAGAAAAGGAACAGGUUUAGGAACAACAGCACCAGAAAAAAACAAAGAAAAGACCUCCUGGAAACCACUGAGUGCUAA